GACCUAGAAGGAUCCUUCUCAAAAAAACUGCGGAGACUCUGGUAUGACGGGAGCGCUUAUUGUCUUCAGCGGGGAUAAUAAAAAAAGACUGUCAACAUGCUUCUCAUCCGCUUUGUUGCUGUGUUCAUUUUAUACUUCACAGCCUGCUCUGGGACCACAGUGGAUGACAGCUACAAUGACUUUGUAGAAGAAGACAAUACUCCUCAGCUGGACUACACAAACCCGCACUGGUGUCACUCUCCGGGUCUGAUCAAUGGCGAGUUGACCUGCCACUCUCCUCGAGGCCCCGCCUACAGGAGCACAUUGGGAACCCGCUGUGAGAUGAGCUGCGACCGAGGAUUCCGACUAGUGGGCAAGAGCUCCAUUCAGUGCCUCGCCAGCAGACGAUGGUCCAGCACGGCCUACUGCCGCAAGAUGCGUUGCCAUUUGCUGCACCUCAUUCCAUACGGCAGAUACACCUGCACUCAUGGCUUCAUGGUGGACUCCAGGUGCGACUUCAAAUGCCGACCCGGCUAUCGCAUCGAGGGGGAGCACUCACGCACCUGUCAGCGCAGCGGCUCGUGGAGCGGAGCGCAGCCAGUUUGUGAAGAUACCGAUCCUCCAAAGAUCAAGUGUCCUCCAUCCAGACUCAAGGUCGCCGAGCCUGGAAAACUAACUGCGACGGUGACUUGGGACCCCCCUGCUGCCACAGAUACUGCUGAUAAAUCACUUGAUGUGAUACUGGUAGGCCAGCAGCCAGGCACCGACUUUAAAGAGGGAGCAAUCGUCAUCCGAUACAAAGUGUAUGAUCAAGCCAGAAACAGAGCAGCCUGCAAGUUUAUUGUGCGUGUUGAGGUGAGAAGAUGUGCAGCUCUACCUCCACCUCUGCACGGCUACCUCACCUGCUCCUCUGAUGGGAAUAACUACGGGGCAACAUGUGAAUACCACUGUGACGGAGGAUAUGAACGGAGGGGCGUAUCUAGUCGUGUCUGCCAGUUCAACCGCAGCUGGGGAGGAAGCCCUGCUGAGUGUGUUCCUAUGGAGAUUAAAUCAGAUGUGAAGACAGUCUCUGCUCUCCUGGAUCAGUUCUAUGAAAAGAGGAGGCUGCUGAUCAUGUCUGCGCCCAACAUAUCUGACCCAGACUACCAGCUGCAGAACCUCAUGAUACAAAAAUCAGACUGUGGAUUAGACUUGCGACACGUAACCGUCAUCGAGCUCCUCGGCUCACCGCCUCGAGAGACGGGUCGCAUUAAAGAAAGUCUGCUCAGCUCUGAAGUCAUCGAGGGUUUGAGACAAGUGUUCAGAAUCUCCAGAUUCUACUUCAGCAUGUUGCUGCUGGACGACCUCGGAUCGGACCGAGAGCGCUUCAUCACCCCGAUGGCGUCAGAUGAGCUGUUCUCUUACAUCGACAGCUUCCUACUGGAUGAAGAGGAGCGAGAGAGACUGGAGCUCCACAGGGACUUCUGUGACUGAUUUAACAAACCUCUAUGGUUGCCACAGCGAUAAACUCAUCAGCUUUACUAAACACAAGAUGAGGGAGGAGGACAAACAACCAGACACCAGGUCCAGAAGGACAUUAGGAGAGAGAAGAGGACAAGAAGGCAGUUCCUCAUGUUCAAAUGUGAUCACUUAACAACACUGAAGUUCUAGCACCAUUUUCUCUCUCAGAGAAUCCAGAAAAUGGUCAUCACAAAUGCAGACAGUAAAACACAUUAUUAAAAA